CACAAACCCGGGAAACCAGACAAAAUGAACAAUCUACCCAUUUUCGUAUUUAUCAUCAUAUUACAAAGCUUAAUCUUGUCUAGUUCUUGUCUCUAUCAAAAUUCUUCACAAAAUAUAUUACAAGACUCAUCUCCAUUUCCUUCUGAUUUCCUUUUUGGCACUGCGUCUUCUGCUUACCAGUAUGAAGGCGCGUUCUUGACCGAGGGGAAAGGAUUGAACAACUGGGAUAUAUUUACACAUGAAAACCCUGGAAAAAUACGUGAUGAGAACAAUGGAGACAUGGCUGUGGAUCAAUAUCAUCGAUUUAAGGAGGACAUCCAGUUAAUGACUUCCCUUGGGGUCAACGGUUACAGAUUUUCAAUUUCAUGGUCUAGAGUCUUACCACGAGGAAGAUUUGGAGGCAUUAAUUAUUCGGGAAUAAAGUAUUACAACAGAUUAAUCGAUGCUCUCAUUAGUAGAGGGAUUAAACCAUUUGUGACACUGAACCAUUUGGACUACCCUCAAGAACUUGAGAAUCGGUUUCAAAGUUGGUUAAGCCCGGAGAUGCAGAAUGAUUUUGGGUACUUGGCUGAUAUAUGUUUUAAACAUUUUGGUGACCGAGUUAAACAUUGGACAACAUUAAACGAACCAAACCAACAAAUAAUCCUCACCCAUCUAAAAGGCACCUUUCCACCGUCCCGCUGCUCCUUACCGUAUGGAAACUGUAGUCAGGGGAACUCGGAAAGGGAACCAUUCAUAGCUGCGCAUAACACGAUCCUCGCACACGCAAAGGCGGUUCACAUUUAUCGGAGUAAAUAUCAGGUAAAACAAAGGGGGAUCAUUGGCAUUGUGGUGCAAACAUCAUGGUUUGAACCCAUUAGCGAUACCAUUGCAGAUAGAGAAGCUGCAGAGAGAGCUCAAUCUUUUUAUUCCAAUUGGAUUUUAGAUCCAAUUAUAUAUGGGAAAUAUCCAAAAGAAAUGGUGAAUGUACUUGGAUCGGCCUUGCCACGGUUUUCUAGGAAGGAAGUGGAGAACCUAAAACAGUUAAGAUUAGAUUUUAUUGGCAUUAAUCACUAUACAAGUUACUUCAUUCAAGAUUGCUUGUUCACAACUUGUAAUGCUGGAGAUGGAGCUUCUAAAGCACAAGGAUUUGCACUGAAGUUAGACCGAAAAGGCAAUGUUUCCAUCGGAGAACUUACGGAUGUAAACUGGCAGCACAUUCAUCCUGAAGGGUUCCGAAAGACAUUGAACUACCUAAAAAAUAGGUACCACAACAUACCGAUGUUCAUAACCGAAAAUGGUUUUGGAGACCUGCAAAAACCCGAGACAACACUAACAGAACUUCUAAAUGACACAAAAAGGAUACAAUACAUGAGUGGAUACUUGGAUGCUUUGCAGUCAGCAAUGAGAGAUGGAGCAAAUGUGAAGGGCUAUUUCGCAUGGUCACUAUUAGAUAACUUUGAGUGGUUGUAUGGAUACAAGCUUAGAUUUGGGCUAUUCCACGUGGAUUAUACAAGUCUCAAAAGAACACCGAAACUUUCAGCUUCAUGGUAUAAAAACUAUAUUGGAGAGCAUAUUAGAAGAAAAUAUUAUUAGACAUAAAUGUCUGGUGUUUUUAGCUUAUGUACAGCAAGAAGCUCAUUGCCAUCUUGUGGUACUAAUUGAGCAGACUGGUGUCACAGCUGCGGUUUCUUUCUCACCAACUAAUAUUUUUCAUGUACUAUAUCAUAAAUCUCCAAAUUACAGUAAUCA